AUGGGGGUGAAGCUGGAGGUGUUUCGGAUGACACUCUAUCUCACCUUCCCUGUGGCCAUGUUCUGGAUUGCCAACCAGGCUGAGUGGUUUGAGGAUUAUGUCAUACAACGCAAGAGGGAGCUAUGGCCACCUGAGAAAGAAGGCCAGCUGGAAGAGUUCAAAGAGCGGUUACGGAAGCAGCGCGAGGAGAAGCUCCUUAACGCCGCCCGGCAAAACCCCUGA